GCAGUCAGAGAAAAAGGUGCAGGCGCAGCCAUAAACGAAAACGCAGACAGACAGCGAGACACACAGAGUCUCUGUCGCCCGCUCAAGAGUUUCCGACAAACAGCUCGAGUCGCGAAUGUAGUAUUGCUUUUGGCCCAAACUAAAAAAAAUAAAAAAAACAACGAAUUUGAAUUUAACAUUUGAUCUAGCUGAAAAGAGAUGUCAUAAUGGAGCCAAUGACCAUGCUGGUGUUGGCCUUCCAGCUGCUGGCCCUCUUCUCGAUCGCCGGUGCGCUACUCAUCUACCUAAUCUGCAAGGUGCGCGAGGACAGCGAGGCGGCUAACGUGGAGGCCCAGCCGAGCCGGGUGGUACUGGUGACGAGUGCGGACACCGCCCUGGGACUGCAGCUGUGCACCCACCUGGCCAACAAGGGGUGCCGCGUCUUCGCCGGUAUGAAGGAGGCCCACGACUCGCUACCCGCCAAGCUCCUCUGCGGUUGGAUGAAGAUCCGCGAGUACAGCGAAGAGCCCAUCGCUGGCACGAUCAUCCCUAUGCGUCUGGACGUGACCCGAGAGGAUGUGCUGCGCGAGGCCACUGUCGCCAUGGGCGCCCACCUGAACGCCGACGAGCGGGGCAUCGCCGCCGUGAUCAACACCAGCGGUAGCGUGUUCCGGGGACGGGUCGAGUCGCAAGACGUGCAGCAGUGGGAGCACAUGCUGAAGACCAACAUCCUUGGCACGUUGCGUGUGGCCAAGGCCUUUGUGGGGUUCCUCCGGCCCACGCGCGGUCGCCUCCUUUAUCUGGGCGGAGCCAGCGGCACGCGGACGGGUUCCGCGCUAACGGGCGGCGAGGGUUUGGUGGCCUUCAAUGCAUCGCGCGUGGCUGUGGAAAAGUGCGCCGAAGAACUGCGGAAGGAGCUGCAGCCGUACGGCGUCAGUGUGGUGGCGCUGGACACCUGCGGAAUGACAGCCGAGUCCCUAUACAAGGCCCCUGUAGCACAAACGAUGUCAGCGAGUGCCGAAGCACCUACUCAGUACACGGCGGACGUGCUCAGCCACAGUGCCCUGCAGGUGAUCGAGCGGGCGCUGUGGGACUUUGCCCCGCAGGAGCGCUAUACGCUUCUCACCCAAAACAAGUACCAAUUCACAUUGCCAUGCCGCUCUUCGUUGCGUCUCCAGCGGCCGGCAGUUUCAGGCGAGUCUGCGACGCAAUCUGUGUAAAUCCGAUCCGCCUCGGUCUCUACCUUCAGCUCCAGCUGCCUCCUGUACAUACGUAUCCCCGCUGUAACCUCUUCUCCUGCUCCUGUUGUCGUCUAACAACACUAACCAUGUUUUUUGUUUAAUGAUAUUUCUUCCUUUGGAAGGAUUUUUAUACAUAUGAUAUAUAUAUUUUCACUCGUUUUUGCAUACAA